ACCAACAAACAGCUACACUCUGCCUCAAGUGUCUGAUCCCUUUCGACUCGUGGGACUUCCUUGACAGACGCCUACCGAGAGCGACUUCUAUCAAUGUUACCUAAUUAACUGCACGCCUUGCCCGAAAACGCGUCCUCCAGGCUCCAGGCAGCAGCUAUGACUCCCUCGAACUUCGCAUCACUUUCGAUUCGCCUUGUCACGUUAAAUAUUCGGUAUGACACCAAGAAUCCCGGCCCGGGCGAGGAGCCAUGGUCGGUCCGCUGCCCGAGGCUGUGUGCACAGUUAAGGUUCAUUACCUCCAGCCAAGACUCGCCAUUUGUCUGUCUCCAGGAAGUCCUGCAUUCUCAGCUCACCGAUGUCCAAACAUACCUGGGUCCUUCUUGGGGGCGUAUCGGUCAGGGACGGAAGGAUGGGAAGGAGGCCGGCGAGUACUCUCCGAUUUUCUUUCGCGCAGAUCACUGGGAGUGUGAGCGCAGUAGGACGUUCUGGCUGUCUCCGACUCCAGAAGUGCCAUCGAAGGGAUGGGAUGCUGCUUUGGAGCGGGUCGUUACAAUGGGGACCUUCAGCCACAGGAGGACUGGGGCAGUCGUGACGGUUAUGAAUACCCACUUCGAUCACAAGGGAGAGGUUGCCCGCGAGGAAAGCGCCCGUCUUCUCCUCAAGCUUGCCAGUACCUGGCCCGGAGAGCGUGCCCCUAGGCUAUCAACUCCUGUAUUUCUUGGUGGCGACUUCAACAGCACCCCCACAGGGCGAGCAUACAAGGUGCUAACCGAACCAAACUCAGGGAUGAGAGACAUCUCCGAUAUCCUGCCGGAAGUUGCCAAAUACGGGAACAAGGAGAUAACCUUCACCUCCUUUGGAGACGACCCAAACGAGCAUCCGGCAAGGAUAGAUUUCCUCUUUGUGCGGGGUAUGGGCCGCCUUCGUUUCUUGAGCUUUGGCAUUCUUGCCAACAAGUUCGAUGAUGGGGUUUACCUCUCUGACCAUCGGCCCGUGGUCGCAGACGUCGAGGUUCCAGUUCAGGCAACCAUGUGAUGGGCGGAAGUGUGGGCUCCCGCUCCAUCCCCCCUUAUGUACACCAAUAUCGGCAUUACUGUGGAGGCACUUGCAAGUCUCUUGGCAAACAUCUCGAGAAAGCUCUUGUGGCACCCUUCAAACUAGGCAUCUUCCUCACAGCAACACGGUUGUUCACGGGCCGUUCUGUGUCAGUCCAGGUCACAGCUUCAGCCAAACUGCCAUCGGGGACUUGAAACGCUUGUAGGUCUAAGCCGAGCCGCAAUUAAUGUCCACAUUCCCAACGGUUGGACACAGCGGCAACUUUUACAUGUGGUUCUAGUGCUUGGAAUUAGCAUACUUACAC